AUGCCUAGGAUGACGGCGAAGAGCGUCACUUUGAAUGGGGAGAGGGAGAGACCAUUUCGUUUCGAUCCUGAUGAUCCUGAAUAUAUCAAAGACUUGCAGAGACCAGCCGUUAUUAAGGAAGAUCUCACCGAAAUGGAAAGAAGGAAACGAGUACAGCAGCUUCUUGAGUCGAAGAGCUUCUGUAGAGAGCUGGAAGAGGUACUUGCACCCUUUAAUUACAUCCCUCCUAGGGUGGACAUGAUCAACAACUCUAACCAGGUGAUUCGACAAGAAUCCGAUAGCUGUCGCAGCGAUCCCGAACAUUUAAAGACCAUUCAACGGCUUUCCGAACUAACGCUUCCCAAUGGAGCCAUGACAUUUGCUAAUUUGCACUCUCUGCGUUUGCCAAAUGACGAUGAUCAUAUUUUGGUGAAUCCAUUUGGUUUGUUGUAUCACGAAAUCACUGCUAGCAGUCUUGUCAAAGUAAAUCUACAAGGUGAAAUUGUUGACCCAGGCACGACAAAGCUAGGGAUAAAUCAGAAUGGCUUCAUGCUGCAUUCGGCGAUACAUUCGGCUCGAUCGGAUGUGCGAUGUAUUCUGCACAUGCAUACAGCGGUAGUUUCGGCUGUGGCCAGUAUGAAAUGUGGACUGCUCCCACUCUGCCAAGAGGCUAUGAUCAUUGGACCGGUUGCAUAUCAUGACUAUCAGGGCUCUUUGGACGAAGAAGUGGACAAGGAGGCACUAGUGAAGAGUCUUGGAGACAAGAAUGUUAUGUUAUUACGGAAUCAUGGAUUCGUAGUGUGUGGACAAUCGGUCGAGGACGCUCUUCACCUUGCUUUUCACACUGUUGUUGCCUGUGAAACGCAGGCAUGCUUUCUCUAA